GCGGAUAUGUGUCUUGCUAGUUUUUUCCGAAAAGAAAUAUUUUUUAAAAAUUAUUAUUUGUUUAAUUCAAACAAAUCUUUCGAAAAGAUUCCCUGAUAGCUUGGCUUGAUUAUAUAUCGAUGACCAAUAAUACUGUAUCUACAUAUUGAAUAAUUUAUGUUUUUAACUAUAGAAAUUUCGCGUUCUUUAAAACAAGGUUUUGUAGUUAAAGAAUAUUAAUAGUUACGACAUGGGAGUAGUUUUCUCGGUUUGAUAUGUUGUAUAUGUUUGAUAUACGUUAUGAAAUGUGAAAGGAAGGACCGGGACGGACCUGAAGUUAGCCAGCUAAACUAACCAGGCAUGAUCAAACAGUGUCGGUGACUGAAUAAAUUUAGCUAGAUGCCUGACAGCGAGUAGGUAUGUUGUAGUCAGCUGUACUACAGGCUAACACACCGAAAUCCUUCAGAUAGUAUUACGGUAAUUUGACUAGUUAGUCAACUAUAGUGGUCUCAAGUUGAAGGUCUCCACUCCACAUUUGGGUGCAGUUUGAGUAGACCGUUCCCCCCCCCCGAAAACCGCAUCAAGCUCAACUUCAGCAGAAUCAUUUCUCGCCUUGCGGUCAAAUUAAAUGAUGACAAAGAUGCUGAAUAUUCUACUUGUCCUUGCAACACUAGUAGGUGCAGACGGUGUGUCACUCAGAAUAAUUCCAGCUGCAGAUGGCUUUUCGUCCAUCCGUCUAGUCCGUGGGGACAGUGACUGUGCGGGGCGCGUGGAGCUGCUCCAGGGGAAUCAGUGGGGGACAGUGUGUGACAAAGGCUGGGACCUGACAGAUGCUGACGUGUUGUGCAAGGAGCUGGACUGUGGGCUGGCUGAUAAAGCCGUCCGUGGAGCUGCGUUUGGAAGGGGCACCGGAGAGAUCUGGCUGAGGCACGUCAACUGUUCGGGCCAAGAGACGAGCCUGACGCAAUGUCCCAGGGUCGUCAACGGGAACCCCACCUGCACCCAUGAUAAUGACGCUGGGGUGAAAUGUUCAGGUACACUGUUGAUGCCCACCCUGUCCCUGCUCUCCCCUCACACCGUCUUCUCUCCCGGGGAGGCGGUUCGCUUCAGCUGUACUGUGCUACCGGGCCACCACCUGAAUUACUUCGACCUGUAUAAGAGGGGCAUAGCCAACCCGUUGAUGACUCAGCGGGUGACCUUUGCCCAGUCCAGGGUGGAGUUUACUCUGUCAAACCAGAAGACUCAACAGGGCAGCUAUAGCUGUCUGUACAGGAUCAAGGGUAUCCCUCCCUCCUCCUCCAUGCUCAGCUCUCCACCCAGCAACUCUAUCAACAUCACUGUGGUGGAGCUGCUCACCCCUCUGCACUGGUACAACACGUCCACCGAGGCUCCCACAGGCUCUGUCAUCAAAGGCCACAGCUUCAACAUCACCUGCUUCACUGAGAAGCAGUAUCCUGGAGGUUCCUUCCAGCUGCGUCUGAUCCGCUCCAACGACACGGUACGUCAGUCGCUGCCCGCCCUCACUCCCGCUGUCACCUUCAGCUUCUCGAACGCACAGCUCUCCAACGAGGGCUACUAUUACUGCCUCUAUAUGGUCCAGCUGGGCGGGAGAAUCUUCGUGUCCCGGGAGAGCCAACCGCUUCCUGUCUCCAUCAGAGGUGAGGGCAGACCCAGAACCAGUGUUGAGCCCUAUGGUGAUCAGCUGGCUAGCUUCUGCUCUGGCCUUCCUCGUAGCUCUCGUCGUCGUCGUCGUCAUCAUCAUCAUCAUCGUUGCCAGAGUCAAGCUCUGCAAGCAACGGGAGAACCCCUUGGCGCUAGAGCUAGAGACCAGAACCUGUGUGGACAACACAUACGUUGCCUUGGAUGAUGAGCUGGGCAGAUCUAUUGGAUAAAGAGAAGGACCAUGUGUUUGUGAGAGAACCAUCAAGAUGGAACUCACAAUGCAGACAUUCCUGAGCUUGACAACCUUCCUCAGGGAUGGGUCACAGACAGAGAUAGUGACACAAGACAAGUACCAAAGCUCUACGUAGGAGCCAUACACACGACAUCUACUGGAACCUGGUAGAAUCCUGCAUUAGAACAUGACAACAACACUUGUAGGUAGAUAUGUUAAGCCAUCAUACCAGGCACACUGUAAUGAACACUACAAUCAACUAACUAUAAAAGGACAAUGACUACAAUGACCCUAUGGGACACUUUGGCUUUUCUAGGCCUGGUCUCAUGACAAAAAAUCAGGUACAACUGACGAGACUAGACAUGAAUUCGACUGAGCACUAAGUUCCAAUGGCAAUGAUUUUAAUUGUUAAAUGAUGGUUGAAUAAGACUGACGGUCAGUUAAACUUUUUCACUAUUGACGUCAACAAGAGAACAGCGGACACUUGUUGGAUUGAAGAUUGAUUCACUUUAAGGCGUCAGCAUACUUCAGUUCGGCUAGGCAACCGAACGAGUGUGGUCGCGUACUCCCUUAAAAUACCUUCGCUUGAAAAACAAGAGGCAGUAGUACUGUUUGUCCAGUUUGAGGCGCCGUAGCCAGUAUACAUUUCCUCACAAUAGUCUGAAUUAAUCUAAGAUACAGUAACUAAAGAAAUCUGCAUUUUUGACGUUUUUUCUCAAGAGACUUUAGUCGCGUAUUUUUUUUUACAUCUAACUAAGAUGUUUGGUGCAGUAUUUCGCAAUGAAAAUAAUGUGCAUGACAACAUGUCGGUUUGAAGACCGAAAAGUGGAUGACGUGUCAUGACAAAAGACGAGUAUCCACUUGGAUAACUUAAUAAAAAU